UCACUUAAUGAGGCACCAGUUUUAUCGAAUGGUGUUGAAUGGGUGACAGUACGGUCGGCUUUACAGUCAGUUUUAUCCUAUUUCCCUAUGCCCUACUGGGACCUAUUCGUAAGGUGAUACAGGGCUUGUGAGCAACUGAUCAGAAAUACACAGGCAAUGUUCACGGGCACCAUUAGAGUGAAAAUAUGCGAAGCUACAGAUCUGCGCCGUACCGACUGUAUGAGUCGUCAUUUCUUAGUGGCAGGAGUUGGAAAAGGGCCACAAGAUCAAACCUUGGAUCCCUAUGUUAGCUUAGAUGUGGACGAGGUGCAUUGGAAUAAGACACAGCCGCGGCAGAAGACCUUCACUCCGGUGUGGAAUGAGUGGUUCGAGCAUGAGGUGGACGGGGCCGCCCAUCUCGGCCUCAAAAUCUUCCAUGAUUCUGCGGUGGGGAAUGACGAUUUCGUAGCCAAUGCCACGGUGGACUUCGAUGAAAUAUGUAGUGAUAACAACACCCACUCCGACUUGUGGGUGAGUUGGCCUGCCUCCGAAAAAAAAGUGGAUUUGGAACCUCAGGGGAAACUACAUGUAGUAAUUGAGUUAAAAUGGGUAGAACCAGAGGAUGGGGGUGUGCGCCCCCGGGAGUUCAGGGAGCGCCAAGGCUUCAACCGACGCCGUGGAGCCAUGAGGCGGAGGGUCCACCAGGUUAAUGGUCACAAGUUCAUGGCAACCUUCCUUCGACAACCUACAUUCUGCUCCCACUGCAGAGAAUUUAUUUGGGGCAUUGGGAAACAAGGUUAUCAGUGUCAAGUUUGUACCUGCGUCAUCCACAAGCGCUGUCAUCAGUCCGUCGUUACACGUUGUCCAGGAAGCAAGAAUGCUGAGGCUAUAGUAACAGAAGAACAAGCAGGGGGUGGUCAACAGCGGUUUAAUGUCAAUGUGCCACAUCGGUUUUCAGUUCACUCAUAUAAGCGAUUUACGUUCUGUGACCAUUGUGGCUCGUUGCUUUAUGGCCUUAUUCGUCAGGGUCUCCAAUGUGAAGUAUGCAAUAUGAAUGUUCACAAGAGAUGUCAAAAGAAUGUAGCAAAUAAUUGUGGAAUAAAUGUGAAACAGUUAUCAGAGAUUCUAGCAGAUAUGGGUAUACGGCCUCAAGAAGCAGUGAAGCCUAGUAAAAAGAAAUCAAUCAGUGAACUAUCAAAAUUCCCAACUUCAGCCUCUAGCUCAGUAAGUGUGCAAGGGAGUAUCAGUGAGACAGAUGAAUUAGGCAGGAUGAAAGACGAGGAUGAGGAAUUGAGACUAAGGCUGGAGGCUCAGCGCAUCAUGGACCAGCACAUGAAGGAUCGCUACCCAGAGGAGGAUCAAGAAUCUAAGCCCAAAGCCCUGGACACUAAUCUGGAUGCUGUGAUGGGCAAGCUCGGCUUAGAUGACUUCAACUUCAUUAAAGUACUGGGCAAGGGAAGCUUUGGAAAGGUUAUGUUAGCUGAACUCAAGGGAACAGAUGAAGUGUAUGCUGUCAAGGUGCUGAAAAAGGAUGUAAUCCUUCAAGACGAUGACGUGGAAUGUACAAUGACAGAGCGACGUAUCUUAGACAUGGCUGCCCAUCACCCGUUCCUUACGGCUCUUCACUCCUGCUUCCAGACUGAGGACCGAUUGUUCUUUGUGAUGGAGUACGUGAAUGGAGGUGAUCUCAUGUUCCAGAUUCAAAAAGCCCGAAAGUUUACAGAGCCAAGGGCAAGAUUCUAUGCUGCUGAAGUCACGUUGGCUCUACAGUUCCUUCAUAAAAUGGGUGUUAUUUACAGGGAUUUGAAAUUAGACAAUAUUCUUCUUGAUAGUGAAGGCCAUUGUAAGAUAGCAGAUUUUGGCAUGUGCAAGGAAGGUAUCAAGGACAGUGUGACAACCUCCACCUUCUGUGGGACUCCAGACUACAUAGCUCCUGAGAUUCUGAAAGAGUUGGAUUAUGGGGCUAGUGUGGAUUGGUGGGCUCUUGGUGUCCUGAUGUAUGAAAUGAUGGCAGGACAACCACCCUUUGAAGCUGAUAAUGAAGAUGAUCUGUUUGAAAGUAUUCUUCAUGAGGAGGUUUUGUAUCCGGUGUGGCUUUCCAAGGAAGCGGUCUCCAUUCUGAAAGGAUUCAUGACUAAGGAGCCGUCAAGGCGGUUGGGUUGUGUGGUGGAACGUGGUGGAGAGCAGGCCAUCAGGAACCACAAAUUCUUCCGUGACAUUGAUUGGGAAGCUCUGGAGCAGCGCAAAGUGAAGCCACCAUUCACACCCAAAGUUAAGGGACGCAAAGAUGCUGUGAACUUCGAUGCAGAGUUUACAAAGGAAGACCCUGUUUUGACACCAAUAAAUCAAGAAGUUGUUCGUGCUAUUAACCAAGAUGAGUUUAGAGGCUUCUCGUGUAUAAACCCAGCUUUCAAACCAGCAGCAGCUGCACCCUCUCAGGCCUAAAGAAGUGCAGCAGAGUACAAAGUACCAUUGUCUUCAAGAAUGAUGGUAUGCCAAAUUUGGAAAGCCAGAGUUUUCUAUCAUUGGAGGCUACAAAUUAACAAAGUGAUCAAAGCUAUAUAAACAAAGAAUGAUUUUUUUAACCCUUUUAAUUGCACAAAAAUUUUGAUGUCAAUAAGCACAACAAAGAAUGGAUGCAUCAUAUUCUUUUCUCAUCCCUGACAAAUGAAUUCAUAAAGAUUUAUGGAAAUAACUGAAAUUGUGAAAGUUUUAUUGAUUUUUAUUAUUUUAAGAGAGAGAGAGAGAGAGAGAGAGAAUAUUUCAUGAAAGAAAAUUUUAUUUAUUCAUUUUUUUUUUUUUUGUGUGUGUAAAGUAUAAGAUAAAUUUUUAUUACAGAUGUUACUAUUUACUAUGAUGCACUUUUUUAGUGCAUCAUGUUUUGCAAAUAUUAUACGGAAUAAGUUAAAAUGAAGAAUAUUACAAAAAAGAAGUGACCAAUUGUUAUUUUAUUUAUUUUGCUUGUUUCUUAUAAUAGUGUUAAGAAUGGAAAUGUCUGUCGAUGUCUCUCUGCAUGAGGGAACAAAAUUUGAUGGCGUUUUGACAUUAUGAAUACUUUUUGACCAGUAGAUAGGAGUCAGGUAUAUGUAUGAUUUGAAUUAAAGAGAAGUAAGAGUACUUUAAACAAAACCUGGAACAUGUUUGGUAUCUGUAAUGCCAGGUUUAUAAUGAUGAAGUAAAGUGCUCCAACUCAUUCAGCACUGCUAGUCUGAUGCCUGACGUUAGGACAUGACAAGUUGCACUUGGGGGCAGAACAAAUGAAGAGGGUUGUGUCAUUUUUUAAGAUUAUUGUCUUCAUGUGGAAAUACUGUGUAGUGAUAUAUUUAUCUUGGUUAUUAUAAAAGCAUAUUGCUAAAAAAGUGGUGCACAAAGAAUGGAUUGAGUAUCUUUAGAACACUCACAGCCACUGAAGUCGUCUGUUGAGGAAGAUUUGAAAGUGCAGUAGUGUUCAGUCUACUGUCUACCAGGAGGCCACAGCAACAUUAGUAGGCAAAUAUAUACUCAGGUGCAGAAAACACACUAUUUAAAGGUUCUUACCUUUUGCAUUUGUUCAUCCCAGGCUGCAACAGUGGGCUUGCUUAUUUACCAAUGCAAGUUCACAUGUGAAGGGAUUAGUAGGUAUUUAGUACUUGGGUACAGUAUUUUAUUUAUGUGAAAUGAGAAAAUGGAGUUUACUACAAGGUGCACAUUAUUUAAUUAUUGUAAUGCUGAUCCCUUCACAUAUCUACAGAAACAGUAGUGGAGGAUUUAUACUAUUGUAGCCAAUGUGACAGUAAUAUGCUUUUUGUAGUUUUGAAAUGACAUACAACUGUGGUAUGUCUAAUUAUUACUAAACUUCCUCAGCAUUAAGAUUGAGGGUGCAGUUCAAGAGCUAUUAUAAAAAGAUAUUUAUGAAUUAAUAUUCAGGAUAGAACAGAUUAAGGUCCACAAUGUGAUGAAUGAUCAUAUGAACUCAGAUCACUAAUGAAUUUCACCAUCAGAAAAAGAAAAAAAGAAAAGAAGAAGCAAGCAAGCAAGUAAGUUCCAAUUGAGAUAUAAUGACCUUACAUGAUACAGGAAACCAAAAAGAUGAUGUACGUACACAUAUGUGCAAAAUUCUCCGUGCAGAGUAGAAGGGGAAGAACCCCUUACCUAUCCCACCUCACCCCUGAAUGUUGGUGUGUGUUUGAGCAUAUGUGUCAAGUAACAGGUGGCGAUGGUGUGAGUGUCGCAGCCUUGAGAGUUUUCCCUGCUGAUUCACAGGCCAUUAUUAUUCAAUUAACACAUCAUGUAGUAUCUUCCCCCAAUGUUACAGCACCAUACACCAGUCUUUGGGUGUGGAAUAUUCAUAGAUAGACAAAAAAGCAUGUAUCAUUCAUUAGUUUUGAUUAACAAUGAAUGUGACAAAAUUAGGUUCCCUAAAUGAUACGAAUCAUAGUAUCUGUCAAUAGGAGAGUACCCAAUCUCGUGAGUUUUCAGUGUUGGCUGGCUGGUUUAAUUCAGGAGUGGGUCAGCUUCAUCUCACGGUAUAGAGGUGUCGUCUCAAAACACUAUAUUGCAAUGUAUCUAUUGAUUUACCAUGCUUUUUACUCCUAGUAUUUUUCUGUUGUUAUUUUGCUAUGGUAUUUCUUUAUAGUUACCUUAGUUUAUGCGACCAGCAUCAUUAUAUAGAGCAAAAUAUAGUUGCUGGGUGUACCAAGCUCUUUAAUUUUUAGAGACUUUAUAUGGCACAAAAUCUUAACACACAUUUCACCUCACCUCUGCAGAGGUUAAUGGUUCACAAGGAAAGUAUACAGUUAUUAUUAUUAUUUUUUUUAUGAGAAAAAAAGAAAAUUUGCAGCCAAGACCAAAAUAGCCCGAGGAUGCUGCAGUGCUUUUAUUACUGUAUUCCUAAGCUGUGUCUUGCUAUAGCCUGAACAUGGUAUGCCCUUAGACUAAAUAUUACUAGUCAGGAUGGCUACUGUCCAUUAGCUAGGUCUCUGUUAGGUCUCUGUGACGUUGAACAGGUCUAUGCAGAAUGAAUUGGUUGGCAAUAGACAAUCUUAUUUUCAGGCUUUGAUUUCUAUGUUAUGAAAAUAAACUCAUUUAUGGGACUUAUAUGUUCAUGGUUUCUUGUAGUCUACUUUCUAACCUAGAAGGAAAGAAAAAUAUCAUAAUAACUUUGAGUUAUCAAUUGAGUAACUAAGCAAUUUUUGUUCCGGGGAUUGAGAUGGUAUAAAAAAAACACACUGCAUGGUUAUAUCCUUAAUUUUACUAUUGAGGCAUUUAUGCCAUAGGUAUGUGUCUAAAAAUUUAUUUUAAUGUAUUGGUAUGUGAUAGUAGAAUAUUAAAAAAUCUAGGAUAUCCAGUUGACCACCUUUUCUGUGAAAUAUUGCAAUAUCUGGUGAAUCUGGCAGCCAAAAUACGAGCUUGGGUAGUCUUCUAUUUUAUAUGUUUUUACUAUUUGAUAUGUGUAAAAUCAAAGAAUACAGACACAUUCUGACCCAUUGUGUUCAGAAACAUGCACCAAAUGGCAUCUUAGUUGUUGUGCAUUGCUUUGUUGCAUCUUUCUGAAUGAGUAAAAGUCCUGGCUUGGGUUUAGAAUUGUGUUGCACCACUGAUGCUGCGACCUGUCACCAGUCUGUCUUCAGUCAAUCUUCCAGUGGUUCAUGCUUUUCUGUUAUUUUUUUUUAUUUAUUUAUUUAUUUCAUUGGGUAGUGUGAUGUUAUUGUUGUGAUGUGUGGACAGCAGAGUGCAGGGCAAGUCUCCCCCAGUAUCUCUCGAUACUUCUCUGCCCCGUACUGGUGUGUGUCCACGGAACCUAACCCUGAUCUUUACGUCUGGCCUGCUCCCCUUGGCAUGGCCAGAGGCAGAGAUCCAGGCUGCAUGUCAGUGAGCCGCUGGGGGCCCGGGUCCAGUCAUGAGUGAGGCCCCCAGCUGGCAAAUUCAGUCAUUCUUGUCAUCUGCCUUAUCGUCUUUCGCACAAAGAAGGAAAUAAGUUGUGACUGGUGAGUGAGCAACGUGGAGGACACUCAGUUAUCCGUCUCCCCCAGGUGGCUGAUGCCACUGUGAUUGCUGAGUGCCUCAGUCCACACUCUUGGCCUGUGCAGCACAAACUGUGCCUGCUGUCUUUGUGUGCAAUACUGUUUGGCCCUGGGUCAGAAGAGGUCCUGUUAGUCACUCCUGACUCCUAGGCCAAGCUUGGCACAGUCUCCUGUGCUGCAUCCACCUCUGCACACCCACCACCAAGGCAGUGUUCUCCAAUCAUUCUUGACUCAUUACCAUAUCUCAUAGCCCAGAAAAUAAUAUUGGUAUUGCAUCAAGGCCAAAGAUAGUAGAUAAUGUACUGGUAGAAAAGAAUCAAAUCUUGUAGUGUGCAGUUUUGCUGUCCCCAUUGUUUGUUGUUGUGGUCAAAAUCUGCAUUGUUAGGUAGAUAGAUGUCUAAUGAGCUGCUAACAAGCCAGCACAGCCAGGAAUGUUUGUUUGUUUGCAGUGCAGCAGACGGUCAUGGGCAGAUAACCUGCAGCCACCUAGUAUGUCAUUAAAGGCUCCACCCAAGUAGCUGGGCCAGUGUAUUGCACCUACCACCCAGCUAGACCAGUUACACUGUUAAUGAUAGCCUCUCACAAGUGUACUAGCUUCUGAGAGACUACAAAAGAGACCAAGCAUCCUGGUCAGGUGAGAAGUGCUUUUUUGUUCUUUGCUGUAGUCCGACUUUUGAGUGGCUACUGCAUGUUCCAAGCUGGAAAUACUUAUAUGCACAGCAGAAGCAACUCUGUUUCUCUGCUGUUGCUCUAGUUGGCCUGCUUGAUUAAAAGUGUAAGCAAGCAGUGUGCCCACCAAUAAUGCUAUGUAGAAAUCACUUUGUGUUCAUUAGAAUUGCAGUCAGUAACAUUUACUCUACAGUGUGCAGUGGAAAGUGGCUUUCCAUCACACCGUCAGAGUGGUCACUGAUAGCCUGGUGAGAUUCGGAAACUGGACUAAAUAUUUCCUGCCACUGUUAUUGAAUUCUAUCAUCUAGAAUGAAGUAAUCUGUGGUAGAAUUAUACUCAAUAUGAAGGACUUUAUUAAUGUCCUUUCAUAAAGUCUUUGAAGAUACUAAUAAAGUAUCUAGAAUGUCUGCCUACCCUUACAAUAUCAUAUGUGACCGUCAAGAGGUGAAGAGUGUUCUAUUAUUAUACUGCCACUCCCUCAUCCUUGCCAGGUCUCAAUAGAGGCAGGCACUGUAAACCAAGAGACCCUGCCCUGCUACUUCAGGCUGUGCUGCUGCCAUAGGCUGAAAUCUUACAGAAGUUAUUGAUCGUUUAUCAAAAUAUUUGAUGCAAGCUUUUAUCUUAAAUCUGCUUUUUAUUACACUCAUUCAAAGAAAUUUGUGUACCCAGUCAUGCCAAUUGGCCAUUAAUACAUAGAAUGGACACAUUUUACCUAGCUUUCAAAGUAGGGCCUUAUAGCAGAGGAUGCACUGUUAUAAACUUCUGUAAGCAUAAAACAAGUUGUAUUGGUAGCAUUUCAGAGGGACAGUAGCUGCAGGGAGAAGUUGCAGGACUGAGAUACCCUGUGAAACCCUGACUUACCACAGUCCGGCUUAAAGUAGGGCCCAGCGUGUUGGGCUCGACUCACCCUAGGUCGUGACUCACAGUGAUUAUCAGUAUUCUUCCCUUCCUCAUCAUCUGGGUGCUCUAGGGUAGGGCUGGUGCACAAAACAAAUGCUGUGUACAAAGUAUUUCACUAGGAUAUGUUCUUUCUGUAUGCAUUUGCAAUCUGGUAGGAUCAUCAUUCCUUCCCACCCUUUCUUAUAUUCCUCAAGUCCUAUUCACCAUGGUGCUUGUCUGCAUACAGCACCUCUGGGGAAACAUAUAUAACUGGAUAGAGCACCAUAUUCUUGAAUUUAUUUCUUCCCUGUUCCAAUUAAGAGCACCCAGCCUAUGUUGGAUACACAACACCUCAUCCCUAUCCCUUGUAACCCCACCCUGUAAUACAAUCAUCCAUGUUGUCAUUGGUAUUGUACUUAAUUGCAUUUUCAUAACUUUAGUUUGGAUCUUAAGCCAAAGAGAUUGAUGUUAGCUGUAGAUUGAUAGACAUUUUAAUAGAUAAAUGAAUUGUUCCCAUAACUAUUCUAUUUGUAAAUGUUGGUCUGAAAGAAGGAGUGGAUGUUGUGUGCAUGUUUACUGCUGAGCUGUGGUGAGUUGGAUGGGUGUGAACAGGUUGGGUGUUGAGAUGCAGGUUACAGGUGAUAAGAUGGAACUUGUGUCCCAGUCAUACAUGAGGGAACACCACCGAGCCCCAAGCAGUUUUGAUUUUUGAGAAUUCUGCUUCUUGCCAUUUCUGCAUCUCAUAAUUGGUGCAGAGGAGCAGAUAAUGUCAUCCCAUUACAGAUAGCCACCCCAAGUUCUUUUCAGAUCACCCCUGACCUCAGUUCAAUAUCUUUCCUGAGCCUGUAAGUGGCAUGAUUGAACCUUCAGCCUAUUUUCUUCCCUCAAGGAGCCUUGAGUCUAAUGCCCAGCUUCUUCUGACAUAUAUGAUCCCCAAUGUUGUCUCUUGGUGACUAUGCCUGAAGGAAGGUCACCAGGAAGCACACAGCAACAGUGCUGACCUCUUCAACCCAUGGACUACUGUGCCAAAUUUUCUUUCACUUCAAACAUCACUGUGCUCGUUUGUAUAAUAUUCUAAUUACUGUAAAAUGUCAAUGGGUAUUUUUUGUCUCCCUAAAGAAUACUUAUGUCUUUCUCUCAGCUGACUGUAUGAGAAGCGUGAUAUAAAUAUAUUUAAGUGUUCA